AUGGCGGAGUGCGUGAUGGAAUGACUUCGUGGUUUCGAGUGAUUGUCAAUAGUUGAGCCACAAGCCCAUAAAAAUGGGACAGAAUCAGUCAGGAGCCGGAGGAACCGGCGGUGACAAGAAGGACGACAAGGACAAGAAAAAGAAAUACGAACCUCCAAUUCCUACGAGAGUGGGAAAGAAGAAGAGGCGUACCAAGGGACCGGAUGCUGCCUUAAAAUUGCCCCAAGUCACUCCUCACACCCGCUGUCGACUGAAGCUCCUGAAGCUUGAACGCAUCAAGGAUUACCUGCUGAUGGAGGAGGAGUUUAUUCGUAAUCAGGAGCGUCUCAAGCCCCAGGAAGAGAAGAACGAGGAGGAGAGGUCGAAGGUAGAUGACCUUCGAGGAACCCCGAUGUCUGUCGGUACCCUGGAAGAAAUUAUCGACGACAAUCACGCUAUUGUUUCGACUUCCGUUGGAUCAGAACAUUACGUUUCCAUCCUCUCCUUCGUCGACAAAGAUCAAUUGGAGCCUGGCUGUUCCGUUCUUCUCAAUCACAAGGUUCAUGCGGUUGUUGGAGUUUUAGGCGACGACACAGAUCCGAUGGUGACUGUGAUGAAACUGGAAAAGGCACCGCAGGAAACUUAUGCUGAUAUUGGAGGUCUUGAUAUUCAAAUUCAGGAAAUCAAAGAGUCCGUCGAACUUCCUCUGACUCAUCCCGAGUAUUAUGAAGAAAUGGGAAUAAAACCACCGAAGGGAGUCAUUCUCUACGGUCCGCCGGGAACUGGAAAAACUCUUUUAGCAAAGGCAGUCGCGAAUCAGACUUCGGCAACUUUUCUGCGAGUUGUCGGGUCCGAAUUGAUUCAGAAAUAUCUAGGAGAUGGUCCAAAACUCGUUCGGGAGUUGUUCAGGGUUGCUGAGGAGCAUGCGCCCUCGAUUGUCUUCAUUGACGAAAUCGACGCGGUCGGAACGAAACGUUACGACAGCAACAGCGGCGGAGAACGAGAAAUUCAACGAACUAUGUUGGAGCUUCUGAAUCAACUUGAUGGUUUUGAUAGUAGAGGCGACGUAAAAGUCGUCAUGGCGACAAACAGAAUCGAAACCUUGGACCCAGCUUUGAUUCGACCGGGUCGAAUUGAUAGGAAAAUAGAAUUUCCCCUUCCGGAUGAAAAAACCAAGCGGAGAAUCUUUAGUAUACACACGAGCAGAAUGACUCUAGCUCCAGAUGUUAAUCUGGCCGAACUCAUAAUGGCAAAAGAUGAUUUGUCAGGCGCCGAUAUUAAGGCGAUUUGUACGGAGGCUGGUUUGAUGGCUUUGCGUGAACGCCGAAUGAAAGUAACUAGCGAGGAUUUCAAAAAGUCGAAAGAAAGCGUCCUUUAUCGGAAAAAGGAGGGUUCUCCCGAAGGUUUAUAUUUAUAGAUUCCUCUUAUCUUGUAUUUCCGCGUUUUUUUAUUCGCCUUCUCCGGCACUAACUCGCAACAUUUACAGAAAUAAAGAAUUGUAUUGAAAUUAAAU